AUGCAAUACAUUCAACUGUCACUCUGUGGACUUCUGUGGAUGUGGCUCCCUUUGUGUCAUGGUUGGGCAAUAAAACCAGAUCCAAAUCGAAUUAAGGCUGAUGCAAAGAUGUUAUCAAGGACUUUAAUAACCAGAAUCCAGGAGCAUCCAAUCCAAUAUCUUUUCCCCAGCAACCUCAAAUUCAGUGGCUUGGACUUUAUCCCAGAUGAUCAAUUAUUAGAGAGCCUGGAGCACAUGGAUGAAACCCUUGAAGUAUUCCAAAAUAUAUUGUCUAGUCUCCCAUUGGAAAAUGUAGAUCAAAUGCUUAGUGACAUGGAGAACCUCCGCAGCCUCCUCCAGCUCCUCAGCAGCAUCAUGGGGUGCACAGCAAGAAAGCCCACUCAGACUGAUACCUUGGUGAACCUAACAGAAGAAUAUGCCAAGGCCCCUUAUACUACUGAGAAGGUGGCACUUGAUCGACUUCAGAAAUCUUUGCAUAGCAUUGUCAAACACCUUGACCACAUAACAGGUUGUUGA